AACUCUCAAUAUCCUCUCACUUCACUUAAUUCUCUCCAAACACAGUUGUCUUCCAAAACUCAGCAAUGCCGGAGGGUGGAGAGAAGACCUUGCUUGACUCGGGAUGGCUCGCCUCGAGAUCCACCGAGGUUCAACUCACUGGGACUCAGCUCACCACCACUCAUCCCCCCACUGGCCCAACCUCUCCUUGGAUGGAAGCUGUCGUUCCCGGAACUGUUCUGGCAACUCUAGUAAAAAACAAAGUUGUUGGUGACCCGUUUUAUGGUUUGGAGAACGAGACGAUCCUUGAUAUAGCUGAUUCUGGAAGGGAGUACUACACAUUCUGGUUUUUCACAAAAUUCCAGUGUAAGCUGUCAGGAAAUCAGCAUUUAGAUCUGAAUUUCCGUGCUAUCAAUUACUCUGCAGAGGUCUACUUAAAUGGGCACAAGAAGGUCCUUCCUAAAGGGAUGUUUCGAAGACAUUCCCUUGAUGUCACUGAUAUCCUAAAUCCUGAUGGUUCAAACUUGAUGGCUGUUCUUGUUCACCCACCAGACCACCCUGGGAGCAUUCCCCCUCAAGGUGGGCAAGGUGGGGAUCAUGAGAUUGGGAAAGAUGUUGCCACACAAUAUGUUGAGGGUUGGGAUUGGAUAGCUCCAGUGAGGGAUAGGAACACUGGUAUCUGGGAUGAAGUCUCAAUAUCUGUUACUGGGCCAGUAAAAAUAAUUGAUCCACACUUAGUUUCGUCAUUUUUUGACCGUUACACAAGGGUAUAUUUGCAUGCAACAAUUGAAUUGGAAAAUAGAAGUGCUUGGGUUGCUGAAUGUUCUUUAAAUAUUCAAGUGACAACAGAACUUGAAGGAAAUGUUUGCUUAAUGGAACAUCUUCAGACUCAGCAUGUUUCGAUCCCUUCUGGAGCGCGUAUUCAGUAUACAUUUCCUCAGCUUUUCUUCUACAAGCCCAACCUAUGGUGGCCCAACGGCAUGGGAAAGCAAUCUAUGUAUAAUGUCAGUAUUACUGUUGAUGUGAAGGGACAUGGAGAGUCUGAUUCAUGGACCCAGCUAUUUGGUCUUCGCAAAAUUGAAUCUCAUAUUGAUACUGCUACUGGAGGGAGGUUAUUCAAGGUGAAUGGACAGCCUAUUUUUAUCCGUGGUGGUAACUGGAUAUUGUCAGAUUGUUUGCUACGGCUUUCUAAGGAGCGUUACAAAACAGACAUAAAAUUUCACGCUGAUAUGAAUCUGAACAUGAUUCGUUGUUGGGGUGGUGGGUUGGCCGAGAGACCAGAAUUUUAUCAUUAUUGUGAUAUUUAUGGUUUGCUGGUAUGGCAGGAGUUUUGGAUUACUGGUGAUGUAGAUGGAAGAGGUGUCCCAGUAUCAAACCCAAAUGGCCCACUUGACCAUGGUCUUUUCAUGCUAUGUGCCAGAGAUACUAUCAAGCUUUUAAGGAAUCAUCCUAGUCUUGCUCUCUGGGUCGGGGGAAACGAACAGGUUCCACCAGCUGAUAUCAACACAGCUUUAAAGAAUGACCUGAAACUGCAUCCAUUUUUUGAGACCCAUGGUGAAAACAUAAUGUCCGUGGAAGAGUUGUCAGCGUUCAAGGACCCUAGUCAAUAUUUGGAUGGAACGCGUGUUUACAUCCAAGGAUCCAUGUGGGAUGGCUUUGCUAAUGGAAAGGGUGACUUUACUGAUGGCCCUUAUCAAAUCCAGAAUCCUGAAGACUUCUUUAAGGAUAACUUUUACAAAUAUGGUUUCAACCCUGAGGUUGGUUCUGUAGGAAUUCCGGUUGCAGCUACUAUCAGAGCAACCAUGCCUCCUGAAGGGUGGCAACUUCCAUUGUUUAAGAAGCUUCCCAAUGGUUACACGGAAGAAGUUCCAAAUCCCAUUUGGGAAUACCAUAAGUAUCUUCCUUACUCAAAACCCGGGACGGUUCACGACCAGAUCGAACUGUAUGGAACCCCAAAGGAUCUCGAUGAUUUUUGCUUGAAGGCUCAACUUGCUAACUACAUUCAGUAUAGAGCUUUAUUAGAGGGUUGGUCUUCCCGUAUGUGGAGCAAAUACACUGGAGUUUUGAUUUGGAAGACACAGAAUCCGUGGACAGGUCUUCGAGGUCAAUUUUAUGAUCAUCUCUUAGACCAGACAGCCGGCUUUUAUGGUUGUCGCUGCGCUGCAGAGCCGAUUCAUGUUCAGCUCAAUCUUGCUACAUAUUUUAUAGAGGUUGUCAAUACUAUGGCGGAGGAACUGUCGAAUGUCGCCAUAGAAGCAUCAGUGUGGGAUCUUGAAGGAGCUUGUCCCUAUUACAAAGUUUUUGAUAAGCUUUCUUUGCCACCAAAGAAAGUCGUUUCCGUUAGUGAGAUAAAGUAUCCGAAGUCGAAAAACCGGAAGCCAGUGUUCUUUCUGCUCCUCAAACUAUACCAUGUUUUGGACUACAGCAUUAUAUCCCGAAACUUUUACUGGUUGCAUCUCCCUGGUGAAGAUUACAAGCUGCUGGAACCAUACAGGAACAAGAGAAUACCUCUUAAGAUAACGUCAAAGACAUUCAUCAAAGGCUCAACAUACGAGAUCAAAAUGAAUGUGCUGAACAAAUCGAAGAAACCUGACCCAAAAUCUUUAACCUACAAGAACAAUUUUGCUGUCAGAGACGAUAAUGGCGACUUCGAUAUGACAUCACUUGAACCUAUAACCAACAUCGGAACCGGCCCGAAUCAGACGGCAGGUUUGUUUCAGAGACUUUACAGGCGAUUCUCAAAGGAAACUAAUGGUUUAAAAGUUGCAGAGACAAACGGAAACGAUGCCGGAGUUGCUUUCUUCCUUCAUUUCUCGGUUCAUGCUUCAAAGAUAGAUCAUAAGGAAGGAGAAGAUAGUCGAAUACUUCCGGUUCAUUAUUCAGAUAACUAUUUUUCAUUAGUGCCUGGUGAAGAGAUGUCAGUUAAGAUCUCAUUCAAGGUACCUUCAGGUGUCAGUCCGAGAGUAACGCUUAAAGGCUGGAAUUACCACCAUGGAGUGCACACUGUUCUUUAACUGGUUUUUUAGAUCGUUCGUGCUGUCGAGAAUUCUGGUCGCACGGUGUCGCAAAUUUGGUGAAACAACGCUUUUCUAUAUCGUCACACCUAAAAUUCUCUUUUAUGUUGAUCUACGUAUUUAUUACAUAUUGAUGCACGAAAAUAUAAUAAGAUAUUGAUAUGCGUAAUAUUUAUUUUGUUGGA